AUUAUUUUGAAGUGAGGACAGAUAUAGGCAGUUUACAUAAACAUCCUAUGUCAUGAUGUUACUGUGGUUUGCACCGGUACUAUACAGCGUGUUUGCUUUCGUAAAUGGUGAUAUUUGUCGGACAGCAGGUGAACUUUGUUCACAAGUCAAUCAGCUUUGCUUCCACCAGAGUCCUGACGGAAUAGAACCUACGUUUCAACCACCAAGAGUCGGAAAAGCAGGACCACAAGGCAUAAAGGGUGAUCGAGGAGAACGUGCUGCGGUAAACUACACUGCCAUUGAAAAGAAGUUAGAAACAAAGUUUCGAGAGAUAGAAGAUCGAAUUGAUGCAAAAUUAUCAAAAUAUGACGCACUGCUAAACGAAAAAGUGGCAAAGGAAGAAUUCAAAUAUGAGCUAGGCAAGCUCCUGAGACACGACUGCAGCGAUGUGUCAAAUGAAGAGGCAAAAACUUGGAACAACGAUGGUGGAGUUCUUGAUAUUAUUCCUAAUGUGAACAUGUACGAAGUCCAUUGCGAUAUUUCCACUGAUGGUAACAAGUGGACGGUAAUUCAAAGAAGACAAGACGGCUCAGUAGAUUUCAAUAGGAAUUGGGCUGACUACGUAACAGGAUUUGGAAAUAGUAGAGAAUUCUGGUUAGGUCUGGAAGCCAUUCGCAAAUUAACACAAACUGCAAAUUACAUUUUGAAAAUAGAGUUGACCGACUGGGCCGGACAAACUAGAUAUGCCGAAUACGGAUCUUUCGCUCUUGGGAGUGCUGAAACAAAAUAUCGCCUGGUUGUCAGUGGUUUCUCGGGAACAGCAGGUAACAGCUUGUCGUACCACAAUGAUAACAAAUUUUCAACUCCGGAUCAGGACAAUGAUCAAUAUUCGAGUAAUUGCGCUUCAGUUCACGGUGGUGGAUGGUGGUUUAAUGCUUGUGAUCUUUCCAAUUUGAAUGGGCAGUACCACGUGGGUGGAGCAUACAGCGGUCCUGAGAAUGGAGUAGAGUGGGAAAAAUGGCCCCACAACGGGCAUUACUCAAUGAAAAAAACCGUCAUGAAGUUGCGACCAAAGAUAUAACGAGACAUUCAGAUCAUGGACAUUUGAUAAUUAAAUGUAAUCCACAUCUGUAUAAAAAAACGCAUCUACCUUUAUACAAGAUAAACAUGAUUACUUGCCUUGCUUUCAGCUAUCUGGAAUACAGUAUAAAACUUUUCAUUUGCUUACGUGCUCUAAUUAGCGUCAGUUUUAAUUUUUAGUUUUUUUUGUAGUUUUGUUAUUAAGUUUUCUAUUGAAUACGUGACCUUUUAUAGAAUUUCACACACGCCAACUGCUCAAUUCCAACACGAGCAAGAUACUUUACGACGGUCAUAACUGGGUGUUCAAUUUAUUUAUAAAUCAAUCGUCCUUAUUGACUCAGUAUGUCAUUCUAUCCUGGAAAAUUUCCAAAAUAACAACUAGUUUCAUCAAACAAAGCAAACAUGUCAGUCACUUUUCCUUUGGCUACUAAAGCUCUAAUAACUGUUGCUAUGUGAUGUACAAUAUAGCUUCAAAAAAAUUAACCAACAUAUUUUAUAGGUCAUGCAAGUAUUGCGCGGAAACUAACUUUAUAGAUUUUCGUUUCUGUGAACAGACUAAUAAAUUUUGCAUAUAUAUAUUUGUUGCCAUUGUCUUAACCAAAGAUCAAUGAUCAGAUAUGUGAGUAGUGAAAUCAGAAAUUGGUUUGUCCAUUAGUUAGAAGAAGCGCAUUUUUCACAACAGCAAAAACGAUAACAGCAACAAAGUUAACAACAAAACGAACAAUGUAUGUUUUCUUAGCAUCGAUUUCCUUGUUUAUUUUCAUAACAAUUACAAUUCAGUGAUUAGUUUACA